UUGGCUCAAAAUUACAUAGUAUUGUUUUUUUUCUAACAUUGACUACAAAAUGAUGGGUAAAGCUGGUGAUGGAACCCAGAGAAAAAAACCGUAUGAAGAAAUCGGCGCUAUAUUUAAUGGAAACGAAGUCAAAAUAAGAAUUCCGAAAAGUACUACAAAGCCGCCAAAACUGACUCCUUCUCAAAUGAAGUUACAAAACCAGUGCACCUGUGAUGACGACAAAUCAAUAUGCUCGGAGACGUGUGGCUUCCCGGGAGAAUAUGACGGCGGUCCUGCUAACAGGCUAAAUUUUCAGAUUCCUGACGAUAUCUGCGAAUCGCUUACUAACAGAACUGCCCUUAAUUCAGAACUUAUUUAUAGCAAGAAAGAGGAACACGAUAAUCUAUGUAACGUUUGCAACGUCACGCCUAGUGAUGCUCCAAAGGGCGUUCAAGCACAAAAAGUACUACAUCCAGAUAAAGAUGUAUUCCUGCUUAAAAUUGGCAAACAAACCGAUGAGCCAAACCGUACAGGCAAUAUAGAGGUAGAAUUAGUAACCCCUCGAGCACCGGCCAAAGCUAAGCCAGCUAGUCACGCGUGCAAACAAAUUCAAUGCGAAGAAGAUGAAAUACCCUGUUGCUUGCUAUGCAGAACAUGUCGUCGUGUCUAUCCUAAAAAGAAAAAGAUUAAACAAACCAAAUGUUGUUUCUAAAUACACAGAGUAUAUAUCCAUAAUUUAAAAAAAAACGUAAUAUUUGUUGUUACGUUAUAUUUGUACAA